AUGUAUCCAUCCAAUGCCCCUGCCAUCGGCUGCAAGGUCAUCUCACCUCUCCUGAUGGUGCUCAACUACCUACACUCCAAGGGCAUCGUGCACAGAGAUGUCAAGCCAGAGAAUAUUUUCUUCACAUCCGAAGGGAGUCUGAAGCUGGGUGAUUUUGGGCUGGCGGUGGACAUGAACAAAGAACCAGUGAAGAUGAGAGUGGGGACACUGGACUACAUGGCGCCAGAGGUGGUGUCAGCACCGGUGCCGGAUGACGGACCGACACCCUCAAGGGCGCACUACGACGAGAAGGUCGACAUCUGGGCCGUGGGCGUCCUUGUGUACGAGCUGCUGGCGGGGCGGCCUCCGUUCGAGGUGGAAAGCGUUGCAGUCACCUCCGAGAGAAUAACGAAGUCGCUCAUCGAGGCAUGGCCCCAGGGAAUUUCGAGCGCAUGCAGGAGCUUCAUCAGCCAGGCGCUGGAGAAGGACCCGGAGGAUAGACCGUCUGCGGAGUCGCUGCUCCACCACCCCUGGGUUGUUCGGCAUACCAUGCGCAUCCAGGAGUUUCCGCAACACCACGGGUGCCUCGCCGUCGAAAACGCGCGGCCCGGUCCGGUCCGCCUGGAAGACGAGCAGUAA